GGUCCGGGGCAUUUGGGGGUCCCCAAACAGGUGGUGAAGCUGAAGCAGAUCGAGCACACGCUCAACGAGAAGCGCAUCCUGCAGGCCGUCACCUUCCCCUUCCUCGUGCGCCUCGAGUACUCCUUCAAGGACAACUCCAACCUGUACAUGGUGAUGGAGUACAUCCCGGGGGGGGAGAUGUUCUCCCCCCUCCGCCGCAUCGGCCGCUUCAGGGUGACAGAUUUCGGCUUCGCCAAGCGAGUCAAAGGCCGGACCUGGACGCUGUGCGGGACCCCCGAGUACCUGGCGCCCGAAAUCAUCCUCAGCAAGGGGUACAACAAGGCUGUGGACUGGUGGGCCUUGGGUGUCCUCAUCUAUGAGAUGGCAGCUGGCUACCCACCCUUCUUCGCCGACCAGCCCAUCCAGAUCUACGAGAAGAUCGUCUCGGGGAAGGUGCGGUUCCCCUCCCACUUCAGCUCCGACCUCAAGGACCUGCUGCGCAAC